AUGUUGCGCGCGGGCGUCAUCGAGCCCGUGGAGUGCUCGAAGUGGGCGAUGGCGUUGGUACCGAUUGAGCUGGAUGAUUCCAAAGAAUUGACUGUAAUAAAUACACAUCGAGGUUUGUUUAAAUACAAUAGACUCGUGUUUGGAUUGUCGUCUAGCCCGGGCAUUUUCCAGCGUAUUAUGUCAAAUCUACUUAGUGAUAUUCCGGGGGUAGAAGUAUUUCUCGACGACAUUAUCCUGGGAACGUCGGGAACGCCAAAUAAACAUUUAAAAACAUUAGAAAAAGUUUUCCAGAGGUUACAAAGUCACGUUAAGACAGCGAUCGACUCUUUAAUUUGUCCGACAAGCACAUCAGAACGGAGUUCUCUGGAAGCGGAACGUUCCGAAAAACCCGAGGUGAUACCAGCGUCAGUUGCCGGGGAGACACAAGGCCCUCGGAGCGUGAGGGAGUUAAGUCCGGUUCGAGCGGCGAUUGUCGAGGAGUUGCCGUCGGUGUCAACUUCUGGUUCAGUUCCUCGCACUAAUGUUUUUAGUCCUGAGGGGUGUGUAAUACUUCCUCAAUCUGAGGAUCCUGUUCCAGAAGUUGCCCGCCCCCGUCCCUUACGGGCGUGUCGCCUAAAAAAAGGCAACCCAGAUGUUAAUGUUAUAAUGUAA